AUGACAUCUCAAGGGUCCGGAAAGAAACAGACGCACGAGGACAGAAAACUAGACAGACUACUUUCCACGUCGAGUUUGCUUUUGUCCAUUCUUUGUUGUAUCGCAAUAUUUCACAUGGAACUCAGAAUACAAGAACAUCGUCGACUGAUAUCACAUUCCAGCACUGGAACAUUCCGAGACGAAAUGGUUACAGAAAUCCUUCGAAAAGUUCAACAGGAGUGUAGAAGUUGGCGAGAAACCAAAGACAGCCAUUUAAAAGGUGAUUGGCAGACAACAACGUUCUGUCACGUGUUAUGUUCUUUACAUUUGUUUGCCAUGCGGUAUAGAUUCUCUUCAGUAAGUGGGGCUAUAUCUGAACAGUUUAACUUCUUUUCUAAUUGCAUUAGCGAUCCUGAAAGGUAGAAGAAAUAUCUCAGCACUGUUUGCGCGUCGGAGGCUUGAUCAUGACGGUUUAUGAUUACAAUUUUUUUCACUGGCAUUCCCACCCUGUAGGCAAAAAGUAUAUUCUGUGAAAAAAAAAAAUUGUAAAUUGUAAAUUGCAAAUUGCUUGUUUACCCACGAAGCGCAUAGGAGUUCACAUAAACUCGUUUAAACCUGUCCGUGCGUUCCAUAUCGAACAAACAAUGCUUCUAAAAAAUUCUGUGUUGAUAACCCUUGAUAACCAAACUCGACCAAUAUAUCCGUUAGUUGACCUGUCAUCCUCUACAAUUAUUAUUCUCGUGACAAUUAUUAAAUACGCUCUUUUAUAUUGUACUUGGCCAAAACUAUUCGUUUUUCCUCUGAUAAUAUCAAUUGCGUAGGUACCUGGUUCGUAUUUACCCUUAGAUAGCUUCAAUGUUUAAAUAGUUUAAUUGGCUUUUUAAACUUAUCUUCAAGGCAGAGAGAUGCAGUUUCAAGACAAAGGCGGGCAUCAGGGAGCGGCGCACAAAAUAAUUCGACUCAAGGAGCGGCUGAAGUAAAACGUCUUAUUAAAGAAGAACUUCGUCUGCAACAAAAUCAAAUUUGUGCUAAAGAUGAAACGCUCUGCCGCCCUGGACCAAAAGGUAGCAGAGGACGACGGGGAAGACCUGGAACCCGAGGGAGACCAGGUCCCCCAGGGAAACCCGGUCCAAGGGGUGCUCCUGGUAAACAUGGACCAGUAGGACCCCAAGGACCAAUGGGCAUAAAAGGAGAUCUCGGAGUUCCGGGUGUUCCUGGUCCCACGGGACCUAGAGGCCCGCCAGGUGAGAAAGGCGAAAGAGGUGAGCCGGGCCAGUCCAUCUCGGCUCCAUCUCUGCUGCAGCGUCCUGUUGAAACCACAGUCAAUGAAAGUCAGACAGCCAUCUUAAAAUGCACAACGGACGGUAAUCCAGCUCCACUUGUCACGUGGUCUAAGGUGAAUUCAUCGCUUCCUGAGGGACGUCACGUGGUAGAGUCAAGUGGUGCUCUGAUUUUAAAGAACGUUAUACCUGGCGACGAGGGCUUGUACAACUGUCGAGCUCAGAAUUUGCUGGGACGCGUCAACCAUUCAGCAAAACUGAUUGUUCAGUGUGAGCAGCUUAAUCUGAUUUGUCAUUAUUAUCUGUUUGCGAGCACGUGAUAAGGCAGUCAGUUGACGAAGCAAAACCAUUUUUUUUUCGCAGAAUUUGCAUGAAAAAAGAGUUUAGUUCCAAGCGCAGGAAAACACUUUUGAGUUUCCUUAUUGUCAACCAACAUGGUCGCCGUGACGUGAGCUUCAAACCAGCAAUUUUAAACAUCUAGGCUUUUCCUUAGGUAGAAAUUCUAUCAAUCUUCAGUGGGUAUCGGGUAAUUCAAAUUUGUUUAAAGGUACAAAAAUGUUUCAUUUAGCUGGAGUGUUCAAGAGCUGAAUAUCUAGAAUUUGUGUAGUAUUUACCAGUGGCCUGGGUUUUGAGUCGGAAUGUAGUCUGUCAAAAUCCAAUUUUAGUUUUAUCGUGCUCGAACAGCACCCAGCAAUGAGGUAUAGGAGUUAUGUUUUCUUCAAAAUUUCAAGUACACCAAAGCUUUGAUUUUAAGAAUUGAUGAUUUUUCCUCGGAAAAGCUUUCUUUUUUUUUCACGAUUACUUUUCGUUUGUCUUUUCCGAACAAUUUAGGUUUGUGGGAAACUGCCCACUACCACUCCCCUAACUCAUCAUUUUGCCCAAAGUAAGAAUGGUUAUUAAGUGUUAAUGUUAGCUUAGGGGAGGGGUAGGUGGACAGUUUCCCAGAAACGUUAAUUGAUCCCUUUUUUUCUUUAUUUUUAUCCAGUUCAUCCUCAAUUACGUUUGUCAUCUAGCCGACUAAUGGCGGAAGAGGGGCAAAAUGUGACAAUCGUCUGCAAUGCUUCUGGUCAACCACAACCCAAGGUCACGUGGUCAAAGGCCGUUAGGAGUUUGACGAAAGACAGAACCUCCGUGGUAAAAGGAGCUUUGACAAUCUGCAAAGUGACGAAGAGCGACGGUGGAACAUAUGUGUGCAGAGCACAAAAUAUUCUGAGGUCGGUAUCCGUCGCUGCUCAACUAAUGAUAUUCUCCCCUUUGCGCUUUAGAAUCCGUCCUCCUCAAGUGGUGACUCCCUUGUUUGGUUCAACUUUACGAUUACCGUGUGAAGCAGAGAGUGACCUGAGACCGAGAAUUACCUGGACAAGGGAUGGCAACUCUUCACUUCCUGUGAGCUCUUUUGUUCUACAGAAAGGGACACUUGUGAUUCAAAACAUUAAGAAAUCGCACCAAGGAUUUUACACCUGUAGAGCAACUAAUGCUGUAAAAACAAUGGAAGCUAAAGUCAAAAUAAAUUCCCCAGUUAGAGCUUCUUCCUGUUCUGAGAUAAGAAAAUAUGUUACCAGUGUAAGCGGAAAUUAUCUCAUUGAUCCUGAUGGCAAGGGAGGCCUGGCUUCAUUUUCUGUUUAUUGCGACAUGAAAGACAAGAAUGGAAUCGGCGUGACAGUCAUCAGUCACGACAGUGAGAGCAGGACAUAUGUGCCUAGUCAGAACCGUCUUCGUGAUAUUCACUAUACAGGAGCGAGUCUGUCUCAGUUGACCAGUCUCACCAGUGUCUCCUCACACUGUGAGCAGUUUAUUAAGUACGAGUGUCACGACUCGGGUUUAUACCUUUACACUCCAACUUCAUGGUGGGUAUCACGUGAUUCUGCUAGGAUGACGUACUGGGGUGGAGCAUCACCCGGCAGUGGCAAGUGCGCAUGCGGGAUGACCAACUCAUGCGCAGACUCCAGGUUUGGUUGUAACUGUGAUAAUAAUGACCAUACUUGGCAUGAAGACAGCGGUUUGCUCACUGACAAGACAACUCUUCCAGUAAUACAGCUCUAUUUCGGUGAUCUUGGUGGGUCAACAGAAAAAGGCUAUCACACAGUGGGAAAAUUGAAGUGCUAUGGCAUAGCAUGA